UGUCCCAACCCGAAAGUCCAGUUCUGCGGCCCGGCAGCGGCGAGCAAGCGCGAUGACACAGGAGUACGACAACAAACGGCCAGUCUUGGUUCUCCAGAAUGAAGCCCUUUAUCCACAGCGGCGCCCCUAUACUAGCGAGGACGAAGCCUGGAAGUCUUUCCUGGAGAACCCUCUCACCGCGGCAACCAAGGCGAUGAUGAGCAUCAACGGAGACGAAGACAGUGCAGCCGCCCUGGGCUUGCUCUAUGACUAUUACAAGGUUCCAAGAGAGAGGAGGUCAUCAAUAGCAAAGCCAGACGUCGAGCCCCCAGAGCCAGAUCACAGCAAAAGAAACAGCAUACCAAAUGUGACUGAGCAGUCCCUCAUUUCUGCUGGAGAAAACAGAGUGCAAGUACUGAAAAAUGUGCCAUUUAACAUUGUCCUUCCCCAUGGCAACCAACUGGGCAUUGAUAAGAGAGGCCAUCUAACAGCUCCUGAUACAACAGUCACCGUCUCCAUAGCAACAAUGCCUACCCACUCCAUCAAGACAGAAACCCAGCCCCAUGGCUUUGCUGUGGGAAUCUCUCCGGCAGUAUAUCAUCCUGAGCCCACUGAGCGGGUGGUGGUUUUCGACCGGAACCUUAAUGCUGACCAGUUCAGCUCUGGUUCUCAACCCCCAAAUGCUCAAAGGAGAACUCCAGACUCUACCUUCUCAGAGACCUUCAAGGAAGGCGUUCAGGAGGUUUUCUUCCCCUCGGAUCUCAGCCUGCGGAUGCCUGGCAUGAAUUCAGAGGACUAUGUUUUUGACAGUGUUUCUGGGAACAACUUUGAAUAUACCCUGGAAGCCUCAAAAUCACUUCGACAGAAGCCAGGAGAUAGCACCAUGACCUACCUGAACAAAGGACAGUUCUACCCUGUCACCUUGAAGGAGGUGAGCAGCAGUGAGGGGAUCCACCGGCCCAUCAGCAAAGUCCGGAGUGUGAUCAUGGUGGUUUUUGCAGAAGACAAAAGCAGAGAAGAUCAGUUAAGGCACUGGAAAUACUGGCACUCACGGCAGCACACGGCCAAACAAAGGUGCAUUGACAUAGCUGACUAUAAAGAAAGCUUCAACACCAUCAGUAACAUUGAGGAGAUUGCGUACAAUGCCGUUUCCUUCACUUGGGACAUUAAUGAUGAAGCGAAGGUUUUCAUCUCUGUGAACUGCUUAAGCACAGAUUUCUCUUCUCAGAAAGGUGUGAAGGGGUUGCCUCUUAAUAUUCAAAUUGACACCUAUAGUUAUAACAACCGUAGCAACAAGCCAGUGCAUCGGGCAUAUUGCCAGAUCAAAGUCUUCUGUGACAAGGGAGCUGAAAGGAAAAUCAGGGAUGAAGAACGAAAACAAAGCAAAAGAAAAGUUUCCGAUGUUAAAGUGCCACUGCUUCCCUCUCACAAACGGAUGGAUAUCACAGUUUUCAAGCCCUUCAUUGAUCUGGACACCCAGCCUGUCCUCUUCAUUCCCGACGUGCACUUUGCCAACCUUCAGCGGGGCACUCACGUCCUUCCCAUUGCCCCCGAAGAACUGGAGGGUGAAGGCUCUAACUUGAAAAGGGCUCCGUAUGGAUCGGAGGAGGAUUUUUCGAUCGCCCCUGCUGCUAAGCUGACUCGGCUGGAAGAACCAAAGAGAGUGCUGCUCUACGUACGCAAGGAGUCAGAGGAAGUCUUUGAUGCCCUGAUGCUUAAGACUCCAUCUUUGAAAGGCUUGAUGGAGGCUAUCUCAGACAAAUAUGAUGUGCCCCACGAUAAGAUUGGGAAGAUAUUCAAGAAAUGUAAAAAAGGGAUUCUGGUGAACAUGGAUGACAACAUCGUGAAGCAUUACUCCAAUGAGGACACCUUCCAGCUGCAGAUCGAAGAAGCUGGGGGGUCGUACAGGCUCACCCUCACUGAGAUCUAAGGGCACGCUGGCCCACCUCUCCCAGCGAGUUCAAGGAAGGUUACGUGGGCCUCACUGUUUGGCCCGCCGCAGGUACCCCGCGGGUAAGGGUGGAGGUCAGCAGAAGGGACUCCUUGCAAGUAGGAGAUGGCGCUACAUUUGGCUCGUAGAUCGCAUUCAACAUACUGCCUUGGCAUUUCCAGACGACAGAAAUCCAUACGCCAUUAUGUUUGAAUUUUCGGAUAUCAGUAUUCUGAUAUCGGUACUUAGGAUUAAA